AGCUGGAGCGGAGCCUGCGGUUCCUGCAGGGGCAACACGCCGAGACCCUCCGGCAGCUCCACCAGGAGGUCGAGCUCCUCCGGCGGCAGAACCGCGGCCUUCACUACAAGCUCAUCAUGCACCCGAUGCUGCAGAAGACAGAGUUUUCUCCCAGCAUCUCACCUGCUAAGGUGACCCCAAGAAGCAGCGUGGUGGGCAAGGCAGACAGCAGCAGCUCCUGGACGGCAGAGGAGCUGAGCAAAGAAGAUUCAGAGCAGCUGGAGGAGAAGCCCACCGAGAGCGCUGGGCCUCCUCCCAAGGGAGAGGAGCGGGUGGCAGAGGCGAGCGCGGAAGGGCGGCAAGAGGAGGACAGGGCCACCGCACAGGAGGAAGCAGAGGCCCCCAGCCCAGAGCCCACGGAAGGGCCACCAGUGGGGGCUCCUGGCAGAGACGUGGAGCCUCCUGCCAAGCUUUCCAGCCGUGGGCGUCCCACGGGGAGUCCCUAUCGGCGUUUCAGAGUCACGGCUGUCUGUGACCGAGCGACGUCCCCGGUCCGCUUCCCCUCGGAGAGUCAGGACAGGAGCGGGGAGAUGAGGAUUCCGGCGGCUUCUUCCAACCCCUUCCUGGUGAACGUGCUCCCUUCCCACGUGCGGAAGCCGCCGACGCUGGAGGAGUGCGAGGUGGUCAUCCGCCAGCUGUGGAACAUCAACCACAUGCAGAUGCAGGAGCUGAUGUAUUUGAGAUCGUGCCUGGAGGACAUCCACAAGACCAGGAGGAUCCCUGAAGAGUACAUGCUCGCUGGCCACCUUGGGAGCCGGGAGAGCGGACGGUUGCCCAGGAUGAAGAACGCUCCCAAGACCUGGAUCCUCACCCCACUGCCGGCUGCGGAACGCGCUGUGCUGCCAGCCCUGAAGCAAACGUUAGGCAACGCUUUCGCCGAGCGGCAGAAGAGAACGCAGGCCGUCCAGAGAAAAAGGCUGCACCGGACGGUGCUUUAGCAACUGGGGCUGCCUUGAGCCGAACCCCUUUGCCCGGAAGGGACCUUCCUUCAGGCCCCAGAGGAGACUGGCUCGGGCAUCCCUUCCCACCUAACCGGACCCUCAGUAUCACUUCUUGUCCCCUUGCAGUGACCCCUCCUCAGUAAUGGAAUCGGAUGGCUCUUUAAGUAAAGCAGUUGGUGGUCUGUGUGUAAGAAAGGCCCCUCUGCCCCCACCAGGCUGGGGGGUCAGCAAAAUAAAUCUGUUAAAGGCCAGUGUCAUUCUGUGACCCUCUGGUCGGCAGGCUGCGGUGGAAGCGGCAGAGAUGGCCCAGAAAAAACAGAGCGAGGGAGAGAGUGCUAAACACUGGAACAAUACAUUUAUUAUUACAAUAAAACAAAUGCCUUAGUUCACAUAUGAAA